CUCAAGGUUGUUCGAGAGCAUGGUUGUUGUUGGACUUCAUCCUAGUUGUGAUGUUCAGGCUCUUCAAAGGCAAUAUGUCACCAGACAGUUUGAAGGUUAUGGGAAGUUGCGAAGUGCUUUAAGUUGUCAGAAUAAUUCUCGUGUCGAGCCUUGCCUCGAACCCCAGGUCUUAUUUGUUUAUCCACCAGAAAAGCAGCUACCGAUUAAAUACAAAGAUCUUCUUUCAUUUUGCUUCCCUGGAGGUGUAGAGGUUCAUGCCGUUGAGAGAACUCCUUCAAUGAGUGAGCUGAAUGAAAUUCUUCUUUCACAGAUAUGUAGCUCAUUGAUUGAAACUGACCGGCAUUUUGACCGCUAA